ACGUGUACUUUGUAGACGGUCCCUAGCUGGCCUGAACUCUAGCUCGCUGCUGCUACAGACUUUACGCGGUGCAACAUUUCGAGAAGGAAGUUAAUAAAAUAAACUGCGAUGUGUGCUCAGUUUUACGGUCUAAUACUUUUCAAAUAACCCAUUUUUAUACAGUUAUACCCAUCCACUAAGAAUUUAUUGAUUUUUGAUUGAAUAUCUGUCUAAUAUCCAACGUCGAACCAACUUUACGUCGGUAGAAGAAUAAUCCAUCCGUAGAUUUUAAGUUUCAGUUUCUUCCGUUGAUAACUGCUUCCGCAGAAACAGCUGCACUAGCUUCAUGAAAGGCAGUGUUCAUCACCACAGAACUCACGAUACCAUAGCUCAGAAACAUGAACAGGAAAAACAGAAAAAAUCAGCUCUCUAAGGAUGAUUUGCGUGCCGUUGGAUUCGACUUUAUUGAAUUUCUGGCGGAAAGCAAAAGGAGAACUAUUACUGACAGAACCAUUCUCAAAAACAUCUACAACGAAGAGUUCCGACACAGGGAUGGAGUCAGAGACCCAAACUUCUCUUCAAUCCUCUUUGUAUUGAGAAAUUGCAACAAAGCACGCGUCACCAGAUCAGGACAUGUUUACUUUAACUCGAAUGUCCGAGUGCUGCACGAUCAGUGGUUUAUACCCCGUCCCAGACAACAAAACCAAGCUACUCCCCCUCUGAGUAAUGGUAGCUCGCCGCCACCCGCUAGUGCCCAGGUUCCUGACCCACCGUCAGUGCCAGGGCCAGAAGAUGGAGUCAGAGGAAGGAGAAAACUGUCAAAAGCCCUCCUGAAGAGAAUAAACAAUACAGAAAGGUCUGUGUUUAUCGCUGAUAAAAGUGGGGUGCGGGUGUCCUCAGAGCUGCAGACAGAGGAUGGCAUGAUUCAGCUGUUUGUGGAGAAGGAAGAAAUCCGUGAACUAAAGCUGUUUGUGGAGAACACGGGUCAGGAGGCCGUGUAUUUCACAUACUACACUGCUCUUCACUGGCUGCAGUAUUUCAUUCUGGAAGACAGCAGAAGAGUCACACGUAACAAUCCACACCGUCUGGAGCCAUGUGAGAAGUACGAGGUGACCUUAAGAUUCAAAGCAGAACAGAUAGGAGUCUAUCCUGCCACUCUGGCAUUUGAGUUCAAGGAAAACACCCAACCCUCCACCCAUCCUUUCCACAUUGUUCGGUUCAUUCAGGCAGAGUACAGGUCCGAGCUUGCAGCUCAGCUGGGUCCAGAAGCACCAUUCAGACCUAAGAGGCUUGAGACCUAUGAACCUGCGAGGUGCAACAUAGAUGAGGGGGUUCCACCUGAGAGUUUUACUAAAAACUUUUUGAAGUUUGUGGUGCCACUGGAUAAUUACACUCGUCCUUCUUACAUCUCUGACUUAGCCGAGGUCCUAAAAGGCAGUUUUUCUUUCCCGAAGCUCCAGGAACAAAAGUCACUGCUGGAGAGUGAUCUGGGUUUUCAUAACUAUAUGAAGCGCUUUGAUUUACUACUGUAUCUGGAGGAAGAUCAAAUGCGUCUUGACAUCAAGAGGUAUAACAAAGAUGAUGUGUCCAUGGUGAAAGACUGUGAGAACAAACGACUGCUGGUCUUAGAGCUCCCUGGUGUAUCAGAGAACAGACCAUCAGUCUUGAGAGGAGAUCACCUGCUUCUCACCAAAAGCGAGGAGGUCCAACUCUCAACUGUGACCAAAUACAAGGGCUACGUUCACAGAGUGGAACUGGAUCAGGUCAAACUGGGCUUCUCUCGAAGGCUGCUUGACGGUUUCAUAGAUAAUAUGAAAUUCCGUGUGGAGUUCACAGUGAAUCGUCUUCCGUUAAGACUGCAACACAGAGCUGUACACAUGGCGGUCCAGCACGAGCUCAGAGAUGUGCUGUUCCCUGUGGGCUCAAGGAGCUUGAACCCUGAGUCGCCACCUACACUGAAGCUCUUUGAUCAAAAGCUGGAAAAGAACCCCGAACAGAAAAAUGCAGUAUGUAACAUUGUGGCUGGUACGUCUAAGCCGGCACCAUACUUGGUGUUUGGACCUCCUGGGACUGGUAAAACCGUCACGAUAGUGGAGGCCAUUAAACAGGUGGAGAAGAAUAUACCUGGUGCCUGCAUCCUAGCUUGUGCUCCAUCUAACAGUGCAGCUGAUCAGCUGUGUGAAAAGUUGAUCACUAGUCAACAUGUUGAUGCACGGAAGAUAUACAGAGUCUACGCUAGCUCACGCAAUCCAAAAGAUAUCCCUAAAGUCCUAGAGAAAAACAGUAAUGUGGAGGGAAACACAAUUAUUUUCCCAUGUAAAGAGGAUCUAAUGUGCUACAAGAUCCUAGUCAGCACUCUGGUCACCGCUGGCAGGCUGGUCAGUGGGGGUUUUCCUAUAGGUCAUUUUUCUCACAUCUUUGUGGAUGAGGCGGGACAUGCUGUGGAGCCAGAGGCCAUCAUCAGUGUGGCAGGACUGCUGAAUGCAAAGACUGGACAGCUUGUUUUGGCUGGAGAUCCCAAGCAGCUGGGGCCAAUCCUGAGAUCUCCUUUUGCCAUUAAAUAUGGACUUGGUCUUUCCUUGCUGGAGAGGCUGAUGACACAGAAUGAACUUUACCAGAAAGGUACUACUGGAUACGACAACCGUUAUGUAACCAAGCUGCUGCAGAACUACAGGUCUCAUCCAUCCAUUCUGAAGAUCCCUAAUGAGAUGUUCUAUGAUGGGGAGUUGAUGGCAUGUGCAGAUGAGAUGAUCUCCCACCAGUACUGCAUGUGGGAGCACCUGCCAAAAAGAGGAUUUCCUGUGAUUUUUCAUGGAGUGAUUGGAAAGGAUGAGAGAGAGUCAAACAGCCCUUCCUUUUUCAACACUUCUGAAAUCGAUAUCAUAAUUGACUACCUGAAGAAGCUCCUGACACCGGCAAAGAAGGGCAUUGCAAAAAUCUCCCCCAAAGAGAUUGGCAUUAUCGCUCCCUACAGGAAACAGGUGGAGAAAAUCAGGAAGGCCAUCAAGAUACACAGGGAGCUUAAAUCCUUUUUGGGCAUUGAGGAGAUGAAGGUUGGCUCUGUGGAGGAGUUUCAAGGCCAGGAGAGGAAAGUGAUCAUUGUUUCAACUGUUCGCAGCGACAAGAAACACAUCAUUUUGGAUGAAAAAUUCAACAUUGGGUUUCUGAAGAAUGAGAAGAGAUUCAAUGUGGCAGUGACCAGAGCAAAAUCCCUGCUCAUCAUGGUGGGAAACCCCAUCAUUCUACAAACAGACACGACCUGGGGCAGGUUUAUUAAUUACUGCAUUGAGGAGAAAGGUUAUACUGGAUAUGAUAUUUCCAACUUGGAGGAAACAGAUGCGGUUGUUGAGCGUCUGCUAGCAUUAAAUAUCCGUGAGGAGAUCAUCGUGGAAACAGAGGAGAGUGUGGUCCAGCAACAUCUGAAUCCUGAGUGGAGACAUGACCAUUAAAUGAAGUGCCAUUAAUAAAGUGCCUCCCAGUUAGGCCCCUCUCAUUAGCAUAACCACACCCCUUUCCCUUCCUCUUGGAAAUCCAUGGAAUAAGAGAAAAAAAAUAUUGUUGUGCCUUUGGAUGUCAGAAUUGGAAUGCAAAUAAUUUUUAUGUAAUACUGUCAUCAAAGAUGCCAUUUGAAGCUAAAUGCAGACGUUUAAACUGACAGACUAUGGAUGAAACCUGCUAUGAUUACCCUAUUUUAAAGCAUAAAUUUGAUUUGAACAAUAGGUCUAUAUAAUAUUCAUAGAGGGGACAUGUUGUAUUAGCCCUACAGUUGAAAUGCAUUCAUGAAAUACUAUUUAAACCUAUAACAUUUUACAUAACAUUUACCUAUUUUAUCUCACAUUUCUGACUUUUUUUUCUUGCAAAUGCAGGUUUAUAUCUUCUAGUUCGGACUUUAUAACUUUAUUCAAGUCAACAAUUGCGAGUUUGUCAAUUGAGGGAAAAAAGCCAGAAGUGUGGGAUUAUAAAUUAAAAAGAAAGGAUGACUACUUGAUUUUUCUUACCAAAAUUCUGAGAUAUAAUCUCAGAAUUGCAAGAAAAAAGUCAGAAUUUUGAAAUAUAAACUGAAAAUUAAAUUUUUUAUUCUUUUAUUCCAUGGCUUGAAUAGAGUGCUACAUUAAAACUGUCAUUUUCUGCCACCAGAUAGGCUCCGCCCACAAAAAAAUGUAAUCACUGUUUGCAAACACUGAAAUUGGUCUAUAUGAACUUAGAAGUUUAAUUUUAAAGCUAAAAUUGCAAUAUGAUGUAAGCAUUGCAUUAAAGUAAAGGGGUAUUUUUUUAGGAAUCAGUGCUGCAUGACUAGAGAAAACAGAUAAAAGGAGCUGUGGCGGUCCCUUUUGCCAAAAAGUUUGAAAAUACUUCAACACCCAUAAUACACUGGGCUCAUUUCUGUCCAAGGCCUCUGCCGAUUCAACUGUCCAUAUGCAGGAAUACAAAGAUGCUAAUAAAUAAACCAGGAGAUCUAGUGCAGGUUACACAGGGAGAGAAUACAUAUUUUAAAUUUACAUAUAAUACCAAAAGUAUAACAACAUAAAUCUGAUUGAAAAUUUGCCAACCCGUCCUUUAAUCUCAGGGCUUUGUAUGCAGUGUUGUCUAUAUUGAUUGAAAAGUUUUAUAAGAUGUUUUAAAGAAAAUGCAUUAAUGGAGCACAUGGUUGAUAAAUCACUGAUUACUGCCCCAAAAUAAGUGCCUUGUUUUAUAAAAUUACCAAACAACAGAAAUGAUAUUUUAAUAAUGCUUAAUUGAUGGUGGUGAAGGUUUUGUUUGUGGUCCCACUGGAUUGUCUGUAAAUUGUAAAUGGAGUUGGAGGUUUACAUCAGCGCAUUUUCAAACACAUCAUUAAACAAUUGUGUACUUAAUUUCAAAGGCUUUUGACUGAAGUACUGUAAAUACAGUAUAGUAAAAUGGAGGAUGUUGAAUCACAGAUGAAUGCAAAAUUUGGAGACAUGUUAAUACUUCUAUUACUGGUUUCUCACAGUCAGCAGACUUCAAAAUUGACUACAUGCCAUGACACAUCAUUUGAAAAGAAAAAGUAUAAUGUGUAUUUAUUGACCAUGAAACUGUAUUUUGCAUCCUGGCAAAGUAAUUUAUUUUUUUCACUUGUAUACAAUCUCGUCAUCCAAAAGUAAAACAUGAAAAUAUGA